AGCGUUUUCUAAGAGUCUUUGCAGCAUCGAGAGAACAAAUACAAGGAGUAUCUUUGAACGCUGACGCUCAAUUCUUGACAAAGAUGGGACGCAGUCAUUUGAAGCAUCACCUCAGGACAGUCCUAUUUGCUUUGCUGUGCCCAUUACUUUUCGUGGCUUCGCAGUCCUGUGGUUCUUCCUACUCCCAAAGCAACUUCAAACUCGUCGGGCACACCAUCAGGACCUUGUCAUCCUCAUCAUCUGAUGAAUGCAUGUCCGAAUGUGCUGCACAACCCAACUGCAACAGCAUCAACUUCGAAGAAACCAGCAAAAAAUGUGAGCUGAACAAAGCCAAUCAUCUCUCAAAUCCCGAAGGUCUUACACCGUCAUUUGGAAGUGCACAUGUGUGGCAGUACAUUAAUUAUCGCAUGCGAUCACCAGCCUUUUGUAGCGACAAGCUGUGCGGUGGUAGGAAACUGUGUUUGCUGAAAAACGAUGGAGAAAACUAUGAGUGUUCGGAAUGUGAAGAUGCGCUGGGUAUGGAAGACGGUAGGAUUCCUGAUUCUGCAAUCACAGCUUCAAAAAAUGAUUCCUCUUCUUUCAACGGCAAAUUUGGCCGACUGAGAUCAAGAAACUGGUUGAUCGAGAAUGGAGGAUAUUAUUUCUAUAUUGACCUUGGUAAAACAAUGAUUGUCACGAAGAUUGCUACUCAGGGAUGCGACUGGGGUUCGAAACGGGGUUAUGUUAAAAAGUACAGACUUGGAUACAGCACUGAUAACACGACAUGGGUUGAAUACACUAACAAUGGCACUGACGUUUUAGUUGCCAACACUGACGAAUCCACAGUGGUCACCAACUCGUUACAGCCAAAUGUCAAAGCUCGUUUUCUUCGAAUGUCGUCUGCCUAUUCGGUUGAAGGGGAUUUUAUAAGAGUAGAGCUGUAUGGAUGCCCCAAUAAAAUAUGAAACUGCAAUAGGACACUUGCAAGAAGAAGAAGAAGA